AUGCGUCGUACCUGCGUCUUCGGCGGCCUCAGCCAUCCAGAGCUGACCGACCUCAUCUGCGAGAAGCUCGGCAGGAAACCCGACAAGGUCGAGCUCAGGAAGUUCGCCAACGGAGAGACCAGUGUCGAGAUCAAGACUUCGGUGCGCGACCAGGAUGUCUUCAUCGUCCAGAGUGGAUCUCACAAGUACUUAUGCCCGACAUGA